AUGAAAGAGCUCCGUCCGACUGCUGGGCAAGAUCUAUCUCCACACGAAGGCAAAGAUAGCUGUAAAGAUAUCUUCCAAUUGGUGCUGAAGGAGGCAACACCGGUGUCAUCAGAAGAACGACAAGUUUUUGAGGAUGAGCAUGCCAAUCAUUCGGCUUCGGGGCCUGGAGAGUCGGCAGGGAAAGACCUUCGCAUUCGAAUGUCGGAAAUUGGAGAUCAUAUUAAGUUUGAUCCGGUUACCCUUCCAGACUUCGGUCACGGGAGCCUAUACUCUUCUUCCGUCAGAUGUCUGGACGUGGACUGGAUCGUGGGCUUGAAGGACGAUCGGAAGCAUGGCUUGCAUGUUUAUCACCAACCCGCCUUUCCCACACCGGGGUUAAACAAGGGAAUGUUAGCAUCUGGAAGGCAUAACCUUAUGACUUCGCUGUCUAUUGCUUCGCGGGCGUCGGUAGACCGAAACGUGGGUGCUGAGGAAGGCAGAAGAGAUUUUCCGAAGCCAGGAAAUUACCGCUCGACUGGUGAAAUCGAUGGUGUGGAUUGUUCGGCGCAUCCCUGGCUCGACUCCACAGGUCCCUUCAAAGGCAGUCGUGGACCAUUCCACGUCGCACACCCCUCGAGGCUCGUCGCCGCAAAUACGUUACUCGUACUGUUGUGCUCAGUUGCAACUGCCAUGCCAAUUGAACCUUCUCUGGCUGCGCAUCCAAAUGGCAAUACUCUAGCGUCACACCUGGCGAAGAAUGGGUCGACGACGUUCUCCCGGGCCACAAGUAUUGAAAUUCUCAUAUUCGCAAUCGGGUGGCUCGUUUGCGCGUGUCUGGUAGUGGGGGCAAGGUAUUGGCUUGCCGUGUGGAAUCUGCUCGCGCCUGCAAUGGCCGUUUCGAGCAUCGCCUUCGUGAUCAUGAGGAAUGAUACGGCCGUCCCAGCAUUGGUGUCUUGGAUGGCUUUCGCCGUAUGGGUCACAGCCACCUCGACGUACAUCUGGACCGCCAAAUACCGCCUUAGCCCCGCUCGUUUCCCACUGAUUGACCGGGAUAUGCAUGUACGUCAUUGCCGUUGCUCAAGAUUCAUCGCUCCAAGAGGGCCUCGGUACGGCAAUUCCCCCGUGUGCCGCCUUUUCCGUGUACACUUGCAGGAUCCUAUGUUGCGUGGAAUGGAGCUACCUAUUUCGUGUUUUGGUUCGUUUGGCGGUCGACGAAGCUAUGUUAUGCCGGGCAACUGGGUAGAGAAUGUUCAAUGGCGACAUCCGGUCCGCACUGAUGCCGGAGGGAUGGAUUGA